AUGAUUGCACAAAAUGCCACGACUAGUAAUCGUGCCGUUUUUGGCGUUGGUGUGCUACUUGAACGAGGACUCAUUCCACAAGAUGCAUUACGAAACCAGAUCAUUCCAAUUCUAUUCGAUCUGGUCGAAUCAAAGGGUGAUGACCCUGGAAUGGAAGAUCGUCGUGUGGAAAUAGCUGCGGUGCUGUGCCGCGUUGUAUCAUCAGGAAUGAUCACCGAUAAACGAUGGCUUUUCGAUCAUUUCAUCGCCGACUACAGUCGAUUCCUCGAACACCAUGUGGUUCACAUUCGAAAAGUAGGCACGGGAGCAUGUGCAUUUUCAGUUUCAGAAGGAAUCACUGAAGAAAAGCGAAGGCAUGCUGCAUCCCCAACUGUCUGGAACCCGCAAAACAAACACAAAGGGAGGAAAUGA